GGCAUAAGGUGAAACAUCUUGAAGGUGAAGUGAAAUCAAAAUGAUGAAAAAUAUCUUCAUAGCGUUCGGUCUAGUCUGGUGCAUGGUUUUACUAGUACAGGCGGGAAAGCCCAAAACUGUAGAAGAAUGUGAGAAAAAUAUUCCGGCUUCGUUGAAGAAUCGCAUCUGCGAGCUGCGCCAGUAUCAGACGGACAGCUCGCCGGACAUGGACAAGCAUAUGCAGUGCGUCCUGGAGGUGGUUGGUUUCGUGGACGAAAUGGGCAAUGUUGAGUUCCAAGAGCUUCUGGGUGUACUGAAAGUAGUCGAUUCCUCCGGUGAUCACGCUGCCAACAUCAAGAAGUGCGUCGCAGAGGCUUCCAGCGUCCUGACGUCCAGUCAGAAGGCGAACGCUUUCUAUACGUGCUUUUUGGGAACCAGCUCGGCGUCAGGAUUCAAGAAAGCGGUCGACUACGUGGAGCUUCUGCGCGCUGGAAAGCUGAAGGCAGGUUCUCCCUUCAACUUUGGCAUCGUGCAGGGUUUGAUCAAGGAAAUUGACGAUGGAUUGUGCAAGUAGAAGUGUGAAGAACGCAAUAAUGGCACGCCUUGGCUAAAUAAAAAUUGACGACGAAUCUCAUAAUCAUAUGAU